ACGCAGCUUGGAGUUUACGGUUGUACCCUUUUUUUAAUUAGACAAAACCUAAAAAGGAAAUCGCAAUUGGAUUUUGCAAUUCCCAAAUACAGAACGGCAAAACUCAUUUCUAGCCCUAGUUUUGUACUGAAGAGAAAAAUUAGGGUAAAAACGUAGUGGAACGAUGCAGGAAUAUGAAGGUAAUGGAGAAGAUAUAGAGAAUAAUGGUUCUUCUCCUUACAGUGACUCCAAGUCUCAGCAUACUUCUCGUGACCCCGAGAAAGAAAGGGGCUCAUCAAGAAGCAGGGAGAAGGAGAGGGAGAAAGGGCGUGAUAAAGACCGGGACAGGGACAGGAAUAGAGAUAGAGAUAGAGACAGGGACAGAGGUAAGGAAAGGGACAAAGAUAGGGAUAGGGACAGAGAGAGGGAGAAGGACCGUGAUCGUCAUCACAGAGAUCGUCAUAGGGAUCGGAGUGAUAGGAGGGAGAGGAUCAGAGAUCGAGAUGAAGAUGAUCUUCAGCGAACUCGAGAUUACGAUAGGCGAAGAGACAAUGACAAAGAUAGAGAGGACCGACAGAGACACAAGCCUAGCUCUAGGGGUAGAUCCGAGCAUAGAUCAAGGUCUAGAUCACGGUCACCAUCUAAGAGCAAAAGGAUCAGUGGUUUUGAUAUGGCACCUCCCACCAGUGCAUUGCUAUCUGGCGCUACUGAUGUUGCAGGUCAAGUUCCUGGGACCACUAACCCAUCAAUACCUGGAAUGUUUUCUAACAUGUUUCCUCUAGCAGCAGGCCAGGCUACCAGACAUGCUCGGCGAGUUUAUGUUGGUGGACUUCCGCCUACUGCAAAUGAACAGUCGGUUGCUACCUUCUUUAGUCAUGUCAUGUAUGCAAUCGGAGGAAAUACUGCUGGUCCAGGGGAUGCUGUUGUCAACGUUUAUAUAAACCAUGAGAAGAAGUUUGCCUUUGUUGAAAUGAGAUCUGUUGAGGAAGCUAGUAAUGCAAUGGCUUUGGAUGGUGUCAUUUUUGAGGGCGGACCGGUUAAGGUUAGAAGACCCAGUGAUUACAAUCCUUCCUUGGCAGCUACACUUGGUCCUAGUCAACCGAGCCCCAACCUCAACCUGGCAGCUGUUGGAUUGACACCAGGUUCUUCCGGAGGGCUUGAAGGACCUGACCGUAUAUUUGUUGGUGGUUUACCCUAUUAUUUUACAGAAUCACAAAUCAGGGAACUUUUAGAGUCUUUUGGUCAACUUCGAGGAUUUGAUCUGGUCAAAGAUAGAGAAACUGGGAAUUCAAAAGGUUAUGCUUUUUGUGUGUACCAGGAUGUCUCUGUUACUGAUAUUGCUUGUGCAGCUCUUAAUGGGAUUAAGAUGGGGGAUAAAACUCUUACUGUUAGGCGGGCUAACCAGGGCACAACCCAACCCAACCCUGAGCAAGAGAGUGUAUUGUUGCAUGCACAACAGCAGAUAGCUUUGCAGAGGUUCAUGUUACAACCUGGUGCAUUAGCCACAAAGGUUUUGUGCUUGACAGAAGUGGUUAGCGUAGAUGAGCUCAAAGAUGAUGAUGACUAUCAAGAUAUUUUGGAAGAUAUGAGGAUUGAAUGUGGUAAAUUUGGAGCUCUCCUGAAUGUUGUCAUUCCACGUCCAAAUCCUAAUGGCGAGCCUACACCUGGACUCGGGAAGGUAUUCCUGGAGUAUGCAGAUGUUGACAGUUCCAGCAAAGCUCGCCAAGGGCUGAAUGGAAGAAAAUUUGGUGGUAACCAAGUUAUUGCUGUCUUCUAUCCAGAGAACAAGUUCUCUGAGGGAGAUUACGAGGCUUAACUGUAACCACUAUAGCUGUGACAUAAUAUUCAGAUUAUUACAGGGAGUUGUUUGCAUGUCCUAUAGGAAUUAUAUCCCCCUUUUGACAAAGAUUAUUAGUGUCCUGUCUUUUUUUCUUUUGCUUUUUUGUUUUGGUGAGCAUGGGAUAUUUUAUUCUGGAUUAAAUUUAGUUUGUGGUUAAAGCUGGUGUAAAGUAUCAAACAGGAAUAGUGUUAUCGGGUUGUUUGAAUGUCUUUUUUCUUUUUAUAAUUAUGGCUAUCCAUUUUAUUCAUGUG